UUGGCGUUUGUCGUAUCUACAUGUAAACUGAACCGGUUCUUUUUGGUACGAAACCUUCACCAUCAGUUAUUUUAUCCAAAGCAUCUGUUUUCGAGUAAAAGGUUUUUUUCUUGUCUACCAAAUUGUGUUCUUCAAUUAAAAGAAGAAAUAGUUCAAAUUGGAGCGACCGAAUUCGACUGAUACAAGAAGGAACAAGUUCUUUGCUGUUUAAGAAGACGUAAGAAGUUUGAUACUGGAGAAGCCAAAAUGGCCUUGUCCAUUUUGAGAUAUGGGGCGAGGUGCUCCUUGAACGGUAUCGAAAAAUGCACACCAGCCUCGUUCACUGCACUAAAAAAUAAUAUCGAGCAGAAAUCUGGACGACCUUCUUGCGAUGGUUCACCGAAUUCGAAACCUAAUAACACCAUUCCCAGCCUUCUCGUAAAAAAACAGCAGCAACACCAGGUGCGUUUUUACAGCAAAAGCCUUGGGACUAGAACCGAAGCCAAACACAAAACGGAUUCAGAUUAUUCGUCUGAAAGUGACGUUGAACGAAGGGGUCAUAGGGGACAGACCGAGUUAUGGCGACGAAAAAUGCGAACAUUCCACGGCAUUCUAGACGUUAAUAAAGAUGGAGUGAUCUCAUUCGACGACUUCCAACUCCUUUCCAAUAGGUUCAUAGAUUUAGGUCAUCUUAGCGAUAAAAGUACACAAGAAUUUCGCCAGUCUAUUAGAAAUUUAUGGGAGAAAUUAUGGGGUGAGAUAACACCCUACAACCUCAUCACUGUUGAGAAAUAUCUAGAAGACAUGCAGCACGUCGUGAACGACGGAGACCUCAGGAAGAAAGCUCAUGGCUUUUUGCCUUUCCUGUUCAAGGCCGUUGAUAAGGAUAAAUCUGGUGAAAUAACAGUCGAAGAGUUCAAGUUGUUCUUCAGUUGUCUGGGUCUCAAGGAAGAAGACGCGAUCUUUUCUUUCAGGAUAAUCGAUACCAAUGGCGAUGGCAGAAUCAAUAUCAAAGAAUUUGUUAAUCACGGGAGGCGUUUCUUUAUUACAGAAGACGAACAGUGCAUUAGCAAGUACUUCUGGGGACCAUUGAUCGAACAAUAAAGGAGAAAAGAAGGCUGACGAUUUUUUUUCAAAAUGAAAAUGAAUUCCAUUUGUCUUUAUUUAUGUAAUAAG